GGACGGACUGCGAGGAGCGAGGCCGACGGCGGCGAGCUGACGCUGGCCGAGCGGCAGACGCUGCUGCGCUACGACCCGCCGGAGGACGAGUCGCCGGCCGCGGACGACUGCUGCGCGCCACCCGCGUUUCGCCCGGCGCACUUCCUGCGCUGCCACUCGGCGCGCGACGACCCGGCCGACGUGCACACGGAGCUGUGGGACUGCAAGUUCGAGCCGGGCGGCGGCGCGGUGGUGGCGACGUGCGGCGGCCGCUCCGUCUGCCUGCUGGACGCCGGCUCUGGUCUGCUGCUCAAGAAGUUCUCCCACCCGGACCUGCGCGAGCGGUUGGGCGCGCUGGCCUGGAGUCGGCUGCGACUGGAUGAGGUCGGCUCGCGGCGGCUCUCCGUACUGGCCGUUGGCGGCGCGCGUCACGUGCACCUGCUGCAUCCGGACAACCUGACGUGGUACGCCAGCUUCGCGGCGGGCGGCGCCGGCUGCCGGGAGGUCACGGCGCUGCUCUUCCACCCGCGCCGCUCGCGCUGGCUGCUGUGCGCCACGGGCGACUGCCACGUUUCCCUCUGGGAUGUCGGUGUGCCGGCGCCGCCGCACUAUCAGGUGCGGCCCCGGCGGCUGCUGACACUGCCGGGGCCGGCCGAGCGUUGCGUGGACCUGGCGGCGGCGCCGCACCGUGUCCUCCGCUGGAGCGACACGGAGGCGGCCUAUCUGGGAUUGGGCGCCGGCCGCCGCCUGCUGGCCGCCGGAGACGACUGUGGUGACGUCUGGCUGUACGACUGGAGCGCCAACGACAGCGGCGGUGGCGAUGAGCCGAUCCACACGCUGCGCUGGCCGCGGCCCGUCGACGACGAGCUGAUGCGCGCGCGCAAGGUGCCGCUGCACGAGUUCGACAUCCUGGUGAACCGGGUGUGCGUGAGCGAGGACGAGCGAUACCUAGUGGCCGUGACGCACAACAACAUGGUCUGCGUCUGGCACCGGCUCGGUCUGGAGAGCGGCGGCAAGUACGGCGAGGACACGGAACUAGAGUGAUUACUUGUUGGCAACGGUUCCGGAUGCCUUGCCGAGCAACUCCCUGCGUCUGUAACUGGGUUGGCGUUAGAUGAUGUGUCCUGUACAAGGCUCGCGUAGUGUGAUGGUUUUGAAUGGUCGUCUCGAAGAACACGUGCUAAAAAGUGUUCUUCGACAUCGCGUGUGGUCACCGUCGCGAAUGGACGGACCACGGACCGGCUGCCUCUUGCCGCGAAGUGUCUUCCUGCCGACCGUGGUCGUCGCCACAGGGAUGGAGCUGCUCGUGCACGUUCUAAGAAGUGUCUUGCCUAUCUUACCGACCUUUCUGCGGGACCUGACAGUGCAAGUUCUUGUUCUUGCCGGUUUUUGUACUAAUACAGACA